AUGAAGAUCAUAUUUCUUGUGAUUCACAUUAGCAUGUUGCUACAUGUUGUUUUCUCUGCUCAGGGUCGUUUUGCUCAAAAACUGCUGAACGACCUGAUGGAGAACUAUUCUAACGCUUUACGGCCUGUGGAGGACACAGACGAAGCCCUUAACGUCACUCUACAGAUCACACUCUCACAGAUCAAAGAUAUGGAUGAAAGGAACCAGGUGCUGACCACAUACCUGUGGGUGCGUCAGAUCUGGCAUGAUGCUUAUCUGUGCUGGGAUAAAGAUGAGUAUGAUGGACUUGAGGUCAUUCGAAUACCCGGCAACCUUGUUUGGAGACCAGACAUCGUUCUGUAUAACAAUGCGGAUGAGGAGGACUCCUCGGGACCCCCAGACACGAAUGUGGUGUUGCGGUAUAAUGGUGAGAUCACUUGGGACUCCCCUGCCAUCACUAAGAGUUCCUGUAGGGUGGACGUCUCUUAUUUCCCCUUUGAUAGUCAGGAGUGCAACCUUACCUUUGGCUCCUGGACCUACAAUGGCAACCAGGUGGACAUCACCAUGGGCAUGGAGGGUGGAGACCUUUCAGACUUUGUGGAAAAUGUGGAAUGGGAGUGUCAUGGCAUGCCGGCCGUUAAAAACGUCAUAAUGUACGGCUGCUGCUCGGACCCAUACCCUGACAUAACAUACACAGUCCUGCUCAAGCGGCGUUCUUCCUUCUACAUCUUCAACCUUCUUCUGCCGUGUUUCCUCAUCUCUUUCCUGGCUCCACUGGGCUUCUACCUGCCAGCUGAUUCUGGGGAGAAGGUCUCACUGGGGGUGACGGUGCUGCUGGCUCUGACUGUAUUUCAGCUGAUGGUGGCUGAGAGUAUGCCACCUUCAGAAAGCGUUCCACUAAUUGGAAAAUACUACAUUGCAACUAUGACCAUGAUAACAGCCUCUACAUCUUUGACUAUCUUUAUCAUGAAUAUACACUUCUGUGGAGCGGAAGCCAAACCUGUGCCCCACUGGGCCAAAGUCCUGAUAAUAGACUACAUGUCAAAGAUCUUCUUUGUGUAUGAGGUAGGAGAGAACUGCACCACAGCUGAAAGCGACCGAGGCCCGUUGUUCUCUGAGGACCCACUGGCUAGCUUGGAGAGAGAUGGGUAUUUUGACAAAGGAUUUUAUGGAGACUGUCACCAUGAUGAGAGAAACCACAGUCAGUUUAACGGCUACAGCCACAGAGACCACCGGCAUGGGAAUGGGUACCGUCGCAACAACAGUGCCUAUCGGCAUCAUAGGCAUGACCAGCAAAGGAGGACCCGCUCAUCUUCAAAUUCCCCUAUCCGACAUCCGAAAUACACACACUACAUUGGUCGAGAUGGAAGCGAAAAGCUCCCACUAACAAGCCAGGAGAAACUCAAAGAUAGCGAACUCUCCAUUCCAGAAAAACUUAAUGGAUACACCUACGAUCACGGCAAUGGCUAUCUCAAUGGAGUCGCCUAUCACCACGAUAACAGCUACAGCAAAACCUUUGGAGCAGAUAGUUGCAAUAAGACCACCAGUGGCACAGGAUCUGUAUGCGCCUGUGGCCAACAUCAGAAAGUGGUGCGAAACAUUGAGUACAUAGCUAACUGUUUCAGAGAGCAGAGGGCACACCAGGCCAAAGGGGCCGAGUGGAAGAAGGUUGCCAAGGUGAUGGACAGAUUCUUCAUGUGGGUGUUUUUCAUCAUGGUCUUCCUCAUGAGUAUCCUUGUCAUGGCCAAGGCAACCUAG